CCACUUCAAACAAUUCCGCUAUCCCGCCUCCUCCCUCCACUUUUCAAAACAUUUGAAUUUCUGUGCCCUUGAAACCCCACAGAAGCCUGUGUGUGGCUGUGCAGCAAACUCCAUCUCCUCAGUAUCCUUUUCUCUCUACCUCUCUUUUUCUCUCUCUGUUACUACAAUGCCGAGUAAGAGGAAAUUGACCUCGGAAGAUGCGGCGGCGUCUGAGGGGAGCAAGAGAUCCGGAAGACAAGCCUCCAACAUGCCAGAUAAUGAUGUGGCUUUGGAGUUGGAUUCAGUGACCGGAUCUGGUGGAGUUAUCGCUGAAGAAGAGGGAGUAGGGGAAGUGUUGCAGAAUGGGAGCAGUGAGAAUAUAUCGAAACUGCUUGAUUUGGAUUUGAAGCAGAAAGAUCGGAUUGAGGUGGAGGAAGAUGAAGAGGAAGCUGCUUGUCGGUUUGUUGGAGAUCCGGUUGCGGAUGAAGAAGCUCGACAGCUGUGGCCCCACCGAUACAAUGCUUCGUCGGAAGUAAUUCGAGCUAGACGCCAUUUUACUCAAGCAGAGGUUGAUGGGCAACUAUUCAAUCUGGAAGAUGAGGCUUAUGUAAAGGCUGAUGAAGGGCAAGAUAAUUUCAUCUGUAAGAUUAUAGAGAUGUUUGAGGCGGUGGAUGGCUCAAAUAAUUUUACUGCACGCUGGUAUUAUCGGGCCAAUGAUACGGUCAUCAAAUGUUGUGAUAACUUUAUAGAUGACAAGCGCGUGUUCUUUUCAGAAAUCAAAGAUGACAACCCUUUGGAUUGUCUUGUUAGGAAACUCAAAAUUGUAAACCUACCGAUAAAAGAUGGAUCGGAUAUAAAUGGAGAAAUAAGGUCAAAAUGUGACUAUUACUAUGAUCAAAUGUACUUGCUUCCAUAUACUUCUUUUGUAAGCUUACAAUCAGAUAAUAGUGCUGCUAGCAGUGAAUCUUGUUCUACCAUCUCGAGUGAUGCUGAUGUUGCUGUAGCUUCGAGUUUUGGCGAAUGUCCUGGAGUAAUAGAGCAGGGUAGGGAGAAAACACUAUUGGACUUGUACUCUGGAUGUGGUGCAAUGUCUACUGGGCUCUGUCUUGGGGUAAACAGUUGUGGUGUUAACCUUGUUACUAAAUGGGCUGUUGAUCUUAACCAGUUUGCAUGUGAAAGUCUCAAAUUGAAUCAUCCUGAGACUGAGGUCCGAAAUGAAUCUGCCGAGGAUUUCUUAAACCUGUUGAAGGAAUGGGAGAAGCUUUGUGCCUCCCAUUUAUCAACAGAAACUAGUGGUCCGGUACAUGAAAACAGGCUUUCCAACAGCAUGGAAAAUGAUGAAAGUGAUGAUAAUGGGAGUGAAAGUGGAUCUGAAACCUUUGAAGUUGCAAAGAUAUUGUCAAUUUGUUACGGCGAUCCAAAUAAAUCUGGAAAAUCUGCAUUGUAUUUUAAGAUUCGUUGGAAAGGUUAUGGACCUGAAGAAGACACGUGGGAGCCUUUAGAAGGUUUGAGUGAUUGUGAAGAAAAAUUGAAGGAAUUUGUCUUUGUUGGCUACAAGGCAAAGAUUUUGCCUAUGCCGGGGGAUGUCGAUGUUAUAUGUGGCGGCCCACCAUGCCAGGGCAUAAGUGGAUUCAACCGUUUCAGAAAUAAGGAAAAUCCUUUAGACGAUGACAAAAAUAAGCAACUAAUUGUUUUCAUGGACAUUGUGGCCUUUCUCAAGCCAAAAUUUGUGUUGAUGGAAAAUGUCGUUGACAUCGUAAAAUUUGCGGGCGGCUUCCUUGGAAGAUAUGCUAUUGGUCGCCUUGUUGGAAUGGGUUAUCAAGCAAGGAUGGGAAUGAUGGCAGCUGGUGCUUAUGGACUCCCACAAUUUCGAAUGCGCGUAUUCGUGUGGGGUGCCCUUUCGACUGAGAAGCUACCCCAAUACCCGUUGCCUACACAUAAUGUUGUUGUUCGGGGGGUUAUUCCAACAGAAUUUGAGGCAAACACAGUUGCUUACAGUGAAGGCUCUAAAAUUGACCUCAAAAAGGAACUUUUUCUUGGUGAUGCGAUAUCUGACCUUCCUCCUGUUGAGAAUGAUGAAGCACGAGACGAAAUACCUUAUGGUUUCGAGCCAGAAACAGAUUUUCAGAGGUUUAUAAGACUACGUCGGGAUGAGAUGCCUGGCUGCUUGAUGUUUAACUCUGAGGUGUCUGAACAUAAGUUGUAUGAUCAUCAACCCUAUCUUCUAAACCAGGAUGAUUUCCAACGUGUGUGUCAUAUUCCUAAGAAAAAGGGGGCAAACUUUAGGGAUUUGCCAGGCGUUAGAGUUCGUGCUGAUAACAAAGUUGAGUUUGAUCCUGAUAUAGAAAGAGUAAAGCUGCCUUCUGGGAAGCCUUUGGUUCCUGAUUAUGCAAUGACUUUUGUGCGUGGAACUUCAUCGAAACCAUUUGGACGGUUAUGGUGGGAUGAGACCGUUCCAACUGUGGUUACUAGGGCUGAACCUCAUAAUCAGACGAUUGUACAUCCUGUUCAAGAUAGAGUUCUUACAAUCCGUGAAAAUGCUCGUUUACAAGGUUUUCCAGAUUAUUAUAAGCUUCUUGGCCCAAUAAAAGAAAGAUACAUUCAAGUUGGGAAUGCAGUUGCCGUACCGGUAGCUCGAGCAUUAGGGUACUCAUUGGCAUUGGCAUUGAAAGGAUUGUCAGGAACUGAACCUUUAUUCACCCUUCCUGAGGAAUUCCCAAAGAUUGCAGAUACUACUUCUCCUACUUCUCCAGAGGUUCAUUUGUGACCAUUAUGAUUAUUUAUUGGAGUCAAUUAAUUAUGCCUCGAUUCUUUUGCAAACUCAACUCAGUGUUGUAACUUUUUAUCAGUGCCCUUCAAAUGUCGUUGGAUAUUGAGAUUAUUGACAGCAUUAUUAUUUGAGUUAUAAAUUGUAAUCAGGCAAAUAAUUGCUGAUUUUAUUAGUAAAUCUAUUUAUUAUUCAUGUCUA